AUAAAAUAGGCACACAUUGCAAUUAUAUAUGAAUGGCAAUAAAGUCGCGCUAAUUAGUUAAUUAUAAACCGCAUGAAAACAACUUUCGAAUAGUGUAAUGGAGGCAUGGGGAUUUAUAUUAUUCGUUUAUUUAUUAGGUUUGACGGUUGAUGCUCAUACCAUUCUGGAAGAAUAUUAUUGUAAAGAUUCAACAAUUGAAUAUGGAAAAUCACUUAAAGCAGGAAAUGCUGCUGGUUUAUUUGACAACUAUGGCACUGUAAAAAAUAUUCAGGAAUGCACAUUGAAGUGUUGUGAUAAAAAAAGAUGUGAUAUUGCUAUGCUCGAAGGAAAGACAAAACUUUGCAUUGGUGUUCGGUGUUUUAACUCAUCUUCUUGUGCUUCAGUACCAGCUGCACCUGGAGAAGAAGAACUUCAGAUAGCAAGAAUUACAGAAAGAGGAAUGGGUAAUUUUACAAUAGAUAAAAAGACAAAAAAGUUAAAAACUCAUGAAGUUGAAUCAAGAUGUCCACAUAAUGAAGUUUUGUAUAAUAUGAAGCUCACAGGUGGCCUUCAAGCUGGAAAGUUUACAGACAUUGGUCGUGUUAAAAGCAUUAAAACCUGCAUUCGAUAUUGUUGUUCUGAUAUUACUAAAUGUGAUUUAGCUUUCAUGCUUGGUAAACGGUGCUAUUUAGUGAAAUGUUACAGUGAAGAAAAGUGUGUUCCAUUACCUGCAUCUGAUUAUGUUUUUGAACAAAAAAUGGCUUUUGUGUCACCAUGGCUUUUUGAGAAAGAAAAGAAAUUAAUUAAAGUUCCGUCAGGACUUCAACAACAUCAUUUACAGUGUACUCAGUCAAAAAUCUAUUCGAAAUCAAAGUUGUUAGGUGGAACAAAUGCUGGGAAAUACACACACAUUGGAAAAGAAAAAAUGCACACCUGCAAUCGACGUUGUUGCGAAUCACAAGAUUGUGAUUUAGCCUAUGUAUUUGGAAAAGAUUGUUUUCUUGUUAAAUGCUUUAAUGAGGAGGGAUGCAGAGUUGUACCAGAUGAAGAUUCUAUAAAUGAUAAAGAUUCAUCGGCUCUUGAAAAACAAGUACAAUACAUAAUAAAAAGACAAUUUGGAGUUCAUCUAAAUGAAGACGGGGAUAUCAUUGAGAAAAAAGAUGAAUGCAGCCUUGACGGUGAAAUUCGCAAUGGAACAGUUUUGGAGAAGGGUAUGCUAGCUGGAAAUCUAAAGACUCAGCAUGGAGUUAAUAAUAUGACUAACUGUAUUGACAGAUGCUGUAAAGAGAAAAAAUGUCACGUUGCAUUAAUGCUUGGUAAAAAUUGCUAUUCGAUGGAAUGCAUGGAUGCUAACGCUUGUAAGUCUAAAACAGCACCUGAAAAAAUGAAAAAUGAAAAUCCUGUUAUUGCUUAUGUAAAAAGGGGAGAAAACACCAUGGCUCCUCACAAAUGAUUUCACAAUGGUAAAACGGAGAUUUUACAUAUACACAUGUACAUACACAUACAUACAUACCAUACAUACAUACAUACAUACAUACAUACAUACAUACAUACAUACAUACAUACAUACAUACAUACAUACAUACAUACAUACAUACAUACAUACAUACAUACAUACAUACAUACAUACAUACAUACAUUCAUACGCAGGUAUAUAUAUUUAUAUAUAUAGCAGUUGUUUAUAUUAUGUAAUUGUUUAAAUUAUGUUAUUAUUUUUUUACGCGCUAUUGAUUAUAAUUCAGUUGAUUAUUUGUCAGAUGUAUUAUACAAUCUUGUAUUUUUGUAACAUUUAAAUGAAUGGUAAAUAUUAUAAAUGUAAUUAUACAUA